AUGGGACGUUCUCACCAAAAUUUCAUAAUCCUGAUUCUUUUUUCUGUCAGCUUAGCAUCAUUUAGCGGGAACAUCAUUGCUGAGGCACGUAAACUUGCAGAGAUCCCUGAGCUUCCCAUGGUUCCUAAGCCUGAGCUUCCCGUGUUUCCAAAGCCUGAGCUUCCUGUGUUUCCAAAGCCUGAGCUUCCGGUGCUUCCUAAGCCUGAGCUUCCUGUCAUUCCUAAGCCUGAGAUUCCCGUACUUCCUAAACCUGAGCUUCCAAAGCCUGAGCUUCCGGUGCUUCCAAAGCCUGAGCUUCCGGUCGUUCCUAAGCCUGAGCUUCCCGUGGUGCUUAAGCCUGAGGUUCCCGUGGUUCCAAAGCCUGAGAUUCCUGUUCUUCCAAAGCCUGAGCUUCCCGUGCUUCCAAAGCCUGAGCUACCUGAGGUUCCAAAACCUGAUGUUCCUGUAGUUCCAAAGCCUGCUGUGGUUCCUGAGUUUCCAAAGCCCACGUUUCCCGUCAUUCCGAAGCCCACAUUGCCAGAGUUGCCUAAGGAUUUUCCUAUCCCUUCCGUUACCCAUCCAUAA